UGUUCUAUUUGUUUAGAAGAACUUGUUGAUGGUGAAACUUUAAGAGAGUUACCAUGUUCUCAUUUGUAUCAUAUGGAAUGUGUUGAUAAAUGGCUUACAACAAAAUCAUCACAUUGUCCUCUUUGUAAGCAAGAUGCUACUCCACCCGAAAUUGCCGAAAAACGUGAGAAA